AUGUCGGGCCCAACCCCUCCAAACCCAGCUGCUUCGCCAGAUUCUGGCCCUACCGACUCGACGCUGCCCAAGCUGCCCGCCGGAUGGAUGGCUCAAUGGGAUAACCAAUCUCGGGCGUAUUAUUACGUGCAAAUCAGCACCGGCGUCCCGCAAUGGGAUCUUCCUACGACCGAGGCACCCAUUGGCCCCGGAUCUCACUCCAGCACGCCUGCCCAGAACACGAACCCCUACGGAAAACCACCAGGGUCUGAGGGCCCAGAAUUCGGAGACGGUACGAGAGGUGUCGAUGGCGCGACUGGCGACCGCGGCGGAGGCCUCGGGGGUUUCGCUCUGAACGCGCUGACUGGGGGCAGCAAAAAAGAUAAGAACUCAGGAAGUGGGAACCUUGUUGGCCAGCUCGCCGGCUCGUUACUCGGCGGCGGCAAGCAACAUGGCAGCAGCGGCGGCGGAGGCAGUGGAGGCAGCGGAGGAUCAGGAAACCUCGUUGGCCAGCUCGCGGGAUCGCUGCUGGGAGGUGGCAAGAAGAAGGAUGAUCACAAGCCUAAUCAGCAGUCAGGACAUGGAAAUUCCGGCUCCAACCACGCAUCUAGUGGAGGUGGAGGCUUCGGCAGUCUGAUAGGAGGGGUCUUGGGCGGUGGUAGCUCGCACAACAAGCCAUCCAGCGACUAUGGUUACAGCCAUAACAGCAAUUCACAGGGCAGCACUUAUACUGGUAGCGCCCCGCCGAAUUCGUAUCAACCCUCUGCAGCUACACAUGGCUCAACACCCGCUCAGCAUAACCCGCAGCAGCAGGGUCAACAGCACAACAACUACUCGAGUCCCCCACCGGGCCAAUACGGUCAACCUCAACACGGCCAGCCUCAGCAGGGAAAUUACGGUCAGCAAGGCGGUUAUCAGCAGCAGCAGGGUAGCUACGGACCUCAAGCUGGAUACGGUGGUCCAGCACCGGGUCAAUUCAACUCGCCUCCUCCGGGACAGCAUGGAUACGGACAGCCUCAACAGCACGGCGGCGGUCCCGGCUACGGGCAACAAGCUGGAUAUGGAGGACCUGGACAUCAACAGCCAGGACAAUGGGGAGGUCCACAGGGCGCACCUUACGGGAUGCCCCAACAGCAGCAUCAGUAUGGAGGCGGCGGUCCCAACCAAUUUCCACCCCCACCGCAGCACCAACAAAGCUAUGGCCAGCAACAUGGCGGGCCCCCGCAGCAGCACGGUGGACCCCCUCCGCCAGGAUGGCAAUAGUCAGAUUUUUGCAAGUCCUAGGAUGAUUGCACCAUGUUUUCUGAAUUAGAUAUUCUCCAAGAUGUGAGAACUCGAAAGUUUUGGGCGGGGGAACUGCUAGCGAUAUUGCGGUAUACAAGUAUACAAGGGGACCUGGUUGAUGUGUUCCUUUAUUUCUAUAUGUGGCUCGAACAUUCUUUCUGUGUUCCUUGUUCCAAAAUUUCGUUUUGGUGUGAGGUGUAGAGCCCCGAACUCAACAUUCGUUGAAAAUGAAACAAGCCGUGAUGCUAGUAAUCCACUGUCUCUUCUUCGUGACAAACCACUUUCUAUCCCAUCCAUUGUCCUCACACCCCCUCAUCCCCAAAACACCACCCUUAAAAUCCCUCUGCCCAUCCAUCUAUCCACCCCUCAAUCCAAUCCCGCUCCUUCCCCC